CCUCCCCUCCCCCGCCCGCCGUCCCUUCAGUAACUUGGCCGCCUUUUAUCGGGCGGGCGGCGAGGCGCGGAGUUUAGUGGUGCCGGAGCCGCGGCGCGGAGGAAAAGGGAGGGCGGCGUUGGGCCCGGCGCGGCCGGGACGAUGCUGCGGCUGGUGUCGCUGAAGUUGGGGCGGCUGUACCGCUACGUGAAGCUGGCGGUGCUGGGCAGCCUGGCGGCGGCGCUGGUGCUGAACACGCACUCGCUGCUGGCCUCGCUGCAGCGCAACGAGCUGGCGGAGCGGCGCUUCCUGCAGCUCAAUAAGUGCCCGGCCUGCUGGGGAACCAGCUGGUGCCGUAAGUUCCUCAACGGGCAGCUGCGCUUGGAGAGCUGGGGCCGCCUGCGUCUCUUCGACUUCUUCAACGUGAAGAACGUGUACUUCGCGCGUUACGGGGAGCCCCGCGAGGGCAGCCGCCGCGUCGUGCUGAAGCGCCUGGGCUCGGCGCAGGAGCUGGCCGACAUCGACGCCAAGAUCUGCCGGCGAGCCACCGGCAGGGGACGCUGCGACCUGCUGCAGGCGCUGCACGCCACCGAGUUCGCCAGCCUGAACGGAGACGUGCGGCUGCUCACCCCCGACGCCGUGGAGGGCUGGUCCGACCUGGUGCACUGCCCCUCGCAGCGCCUGCUCGACCGGCUGGUGCGACGAUACGCCGAGACCAAGGACUCGGGCAGCUUCCUGCUGCGUAACCUGAAGGACUCGGAGCGCAUGCAGCUCCUCAUCACACUCGCCUUCAACCCCGAACCGCUGGUGCUGCAGAGUUUCCCAUCUGAUGAGGGUUGGCCAUUCGCAAAGUACUUAGGAGCGUGUGGAAGAAUGGUGGCUGUCAAUUAUGUUGGAGAAGAGCUAUGGAGUUAUUUUAAUGCACCAUGGGAGAAACGAGUGGAUCUGGCCUGGCAGUUGAUGGAAAUAGCUGAGCAGCUGACAAAUAAUGACUUUGAAUUUGCACUCUACCUCCUUGACGUCAGUUUUGACAACUUUGCAGUUGGACCAAGAGAUGGGAAAGUCAUCAUCGUGGAUGCAGAAAAUGUCCUGGUAGCAGACAAAAGGUUAAUCAGACAGAAUAAACCUGAAAACUGGGAUGUAUGGUAUGAAAGCAAAUUUGAUGACUGUGAUAAAGAAGCUUGUCUGUCCUUCUCAAAAGAGAUUCUUUGUGCUCGUGUCACUGUGGACCACAAUUAUUAUGCUGUUUGUCAGAACCUUUUAUCAAGACAUGCCACAUGGCGUGGCACUUCUGGAGGACUACUUCAUGACCCCCCAGCUGACAUUGCCAAAGAUGGCCGGCUUGAGGCCUUGCUGGAUGAGUGUGCCAACCCAAAGAAGCGAUACGGCAGAUUCCAAGCUGCAAAGGAACUGCGUGAAUACCUUGCACAACUCAGUAACAACGUGAGGUAGUCCACAAUGAAAAUCUUCCACAACACUGGCUAAAACACUAUUGCAGAGACACGUACAGUGAAGUCUUGAACUUGUGUGUUCAAAAGAAAAAAUGAAGAAGUGAAACUAAUUUAUCGGUUUUCUAAAUACCAUGAAGAUUUUGUGGUAUGGUAAUGUUCCUUUGCAAACAGACAAGGUACUCACUGAAUUAAAACUUGAGCUACUAUCGACUCUUCUCCUAAGCUAUUUAAGCAGGAGUAGGUCAAAAAAGACUGUGAUAGCUUCAUUGACAGCUUGUGUGUCAAAGGGUACUUUACAUAAAACUGCAUUAGUAUCACAGUUUUGUGAAACUGAUGUUCUGACUUGGAAAGUCAAGUUAGACUGGCCUGUUUUAAAGGCCUUUCUCCUAACACGGUCUCAUUUUUGUGUUCUGUUUGUUCUUUUUUUUAAACACCCUGAAGUGGAAUUUACUUACAGGUAAAUAUAACUGUCCGUGUUGUUUCAAGUUUAACAGGCUUUCAUGUUAAUGCUGUGCAGUACAUUCCUACUGUGAGUACAGGAUUCCCAUGUUUACUGUCUAAUUUAGAGGGUUUUACACUGUAGUUUACUACGCUUAGAUUUCUUUUUUUAGGGUUACUUUAAACUCAAAUGUCAUUUGAAUUAAUGCUUGUUUGAUGUCUUUUGUUGUUCCACCAUUGGAGAUUUCACUUCAUGUAAUUACUGUAAAAAAUUCUCCUUAAUACCAGUAAAUUCAUGUGACUGUUCUUCAGAAGAUCACAGUAUGAACAGACCUUCAUUUAGCAGAAAUUCUUUGAGAAUGAAGGGAAGACUAAUACAAAAAAACAAUCUGUUAAUUGAAAUUGGGGAUAGAAACUUGACUAUAAAUAGGAAUUUGUUACUCCAGAGUAGUUGAACAAAAACCAAAGAAAAUGGUUUUGUCUGUCCAUUCCUAAACUAAUUAUAAGGGAAAAGUACUACCCUGAAGCUAAUAAUUCUUAAAAUUCAAAACCGUCAUUUGAGUAAAAAAUGUUAGCAAUUUGCUUCACACCAUUACCAACUCUGUUCACUUCAAGUGUAGCAGUUUACUGCGUAUUCGUCUUUUGGAUUACCAGCGAAGUUGAUUAAACAAUAUCCACUGUAGGCACAUUUUCUUGUACUAAGUUUGUCUAUUUCCACUGCAGUUAAAACUGACAAAGUGUGUAAAUCUGAAGUUGUUCUGAUAAAUUAGCCUUGUUUUUUUAUGAAGGCCUCACGUCCUGCUACAAGAUCUUACUUCAAACUCGCUUUUCAGUUUAUUACUUGGUCAUAAUUAUUAUUUUUUACUACUCAAUGCAUCAUUUUCCUGAAGUCAUAUUCAUAAAACACUGCUCUUAAGAAAAUAUAUGCAUGUUACUUCUGGUAACAGUAAUGGAGAAAACUAACAUUUCUUAAAUGUGUGUGUUUCAUGCAAGCUAAAAUUUCUGAGCGAGAUUGUACGUACAGUGAUCUUUCAAGAGCCAAGUCAGUGUGCUGUUCAUACUGCAUCAAAAGACUGAUGGAAAUUGUUGCUUUACCAAAUUGCUGCAAGUGCAGAGUGAGGGAAAUAGCGAGCUCACGGGCCCUUCUUUCUCAAAGCUUACAAAUUGUUCUCAUUGAAAGAUGCAGAAUGCUUCUGGUUUCUUAGAUGACUAUUAAGGGUAUGUUAGCAUUCUAAAUUCUUACUUUAAAUCAUGUCUGCUAAUAUAGUCUCAUUUCCUUCCUAGCUCUUGUCUUAAUCGUUUUCUGAAGUUGAAAGGACCAAUGCAAGUUGUGGUUUUUCAUUUGUCCUUCCCUCAUUUAAAGUCUGUUUUACUCGCUUGCUGUGACGUAAGCUGUCAGAGCAUUCAUAUAAUUUUUCAUCAUAAAAUGCUCUUAUUUGAGGAACCUAGACUAACGGUAGCUACACUACCAGAAAAGCCUUGACUUAUCACUAAAGUUGAUUUUAAUAUUUUUUAAUUUUUAUUAAACCAUCCAUUGUGUUUCCCAGUGAGAGAGUGGGGUUUGACUCUGCAAGUUUUAAAAGAAACAAACACUACCAGCUCUGGUUACUACUUGAGGCAGUUCUGUCACUGCUAGAAUGUCCUGUCAGCUUUGUUUUGGGAUUGAGUUCUGUCAGUAACAAGUCGAUAAAGUAGGUUAUAAAAGGAAUUUGGACCUUAGAGGAGGGAAAAAACAAAACACUACAGGGAAAACAUUGUGGAGAGCAAUAAAUUUUGGUCAGUUUGCACCUAUCAGAUAUUUAUUGUACGAUAACAGUUUAUAUUUUUAGUCAUUGCCCAUUAUUAUUGAUGAGCACGGUGAAAUAUUUUUGAAUGAGGUGUUUGGGGUUUGUAUGUGCAUUACAAUUGUCCUUUUGUACUGUAAGUUACUGUUUGAUUGGAAUAUUUUAUCAAAACUGUUUCCCUGUGCCUUUAUAUUACAAGAAAGUUGUUUCUGCAACUUCUAAUGAUAUUAAUAAAGAAUACUGUAAGAACCUCA